UUCUGUUUCUCUGUUUAAAUGAUGAAGUUCCAGUCAGUCUCUUUCUUUUUGAUGGUUCUCACGUUCAGGAUGAAUCGGGCAUUUCUGCUCCUCAUUCAUUUGUUAUCAUUCAACAUCUUUGCAGAUUCAUCUGACGUCAGUAACGUACAAGUGUUCAGAGGACAAUCCAUCACUUUCUCCUGCAACAAAUCCACUGGAAAACUAUUUCAAGUGGACUGGAACAACAGCAGAUAUAUGUAUGCUCAUGACACUGAACGAAAUGAUACUACUUCAAAUUUUACUCUUCAUAGAUUUAACAUAGACACAAACUUUUCAAACUCAACAUUGACCAUAAUUAAAGCUGAAGAUGAAGAUGCUGGACUCUACAGCUGUACUUUAAGUGGCUCCAGAGGUCCAGAGGUUUUUAAAUGGAAUUUAACUGUGACUGAGGAUCCCAAAGGUAAAGAACUCAGUGGAUCGUGGCAUUUGUACAUAUUACCCCCUUUAAGUGGAUUGCUUCUUCUUGGCUUCUCUUUGUUCAUCUGUCUCUGCCUAAAACUUAAGCAUAGGUCAUCAAACCAGGAAUCAGUACAAAACAGGAUGCUGUGCCCUGAACCACGAUCUAUCUAUACAGAAGUAGAGGUGGUGGUUCUUCAAUAAAUGGAGGUCACACUAAAUACUGACUUUACCGGCAGAAGUUGUUUAGUUGAGUGUGUUUCAAUACUGUGCACAUAUUUCUUGCAUAUUUCUUGAUAGAAAUAAAGACCCACUCCCAUUGCAACCCUGCAAAUCAACAAAGCCACAGUCUGCCUAACACUUUUGUACUGUACUGUGUAUCAUUGUUGUGGCUGGUUAUUUACAUUCACAUGUAGCCAACAUGAUGUGACCACAGAAAAGGGAAUGCUACCCCAUCAGAUAUUUAUAUUCUACUGGCUAGUGUAAGUACAUUGAAUUCUGUCUGAGGUAUGCCAAUAAUGUGCAGAUUGUGUAAUUCGCAAUAAUUGUUCUAUAUACAUUUUUUACUGCGGAAAUUCACAAUUUGGAGCUGAAUUUUAUAUAGAGAUGCUUAUAGCUAUAGACUUGAUGAUUUCUUCUCCAUUAAAAUAUUAAACUUGGUAUGAUAUUAAAAUGGUGUCUCAUCUGAUGAAAGCUCUCUUUUAUAUGUGAUUCCAUGUCAUGCAGUUGGAGUAUGGUGAAAUAUUCAUAUUUACUGGUGAACACAAGUGAUAUGAUCAUUAUCAGCAAAGCUUCCUGUCAUGACCCGGCUCUAGGCAUUACAAAAGGACGCCGACAACAAAGUAUGCAUUAAAGCAGUGGUUUCCAACCUUUUCUGGCUCGUGACCCCAUUUUAAAUUCACACAUUUCUGGCAAACCCAGACAUUCAAAACAGAGACU